GCGAGCGUCGUCAUUAACCCACGCGGCUUUAACACGGGCCGAGACAUGGUACCUGCAAUUCGCGACCCUCUCGUUCCCGGCAGCUGCUUGCUAUCGAUGCUGGCCCUGGCACACGUAUCUUUGGGUACAGGGAGUGAUCUGGGAGCUGACGAUGAUAAUUGAAGGGACCCACAGUGACGGGGGCUGUGGAGAGUGGUGUGGUUUGGUUCCCCCUUGAUUGCGGCCACGCGAGGGAGGUGCGUGCCACGCGGAGGGUUGGGCACUUCAAGCUUUGUAGAUUGUGAUUAAAGUAGGUGGGUACGCGGGUUCUCCUGGUGCUUAUCUUCUUGCUUCAACUCCAAGACUAUUUCCUUACUUCGUUGAGUUCACUGUCGCUGUCUCUGUCCCUUCUCUAUCUUUUUCCAAGUCAUUCGUUCACAACAUCGGCAGAAGAGCGACUUCACUCUACAUCUUCCAUAAUGCAUCUCCUCAACGUCUCGUUACUCCCUCUCUCCCUCAUCCUCUUCUCAACUACUCAAACUCUCGCCCAAACAUCCACAGACUGCGAUCCAACCAAGAAGUCUUGUCCGGCAGAUACCGCACUCUCCUCGUCAGUCUACACCCACGACUUCACCACCGGCGCCGAUGAUGAGAACUGGAAAGUCACCGCUGGCGAUGUGAAGUACACUUCGAAGGGUGCGGAGUUCACUAUCAACAAAGCCGGCGAUGCACCCACUAUCCAAUCGAACUGGUACAUCUUCUUCGGCAGCGUGAGCUUCGUCAUGAAAGCUGCGCCCGGCAAGGGCGUAGUGAGCAGUGCCAUUCUCGAGAGUGACGAUCUGGAUGAGGUGGAUUGGGAGUGGCUGGGUGGACAAGCCGGGAAUGUACAAACCAACUACUUCGGCAAAGGCAACACCACAACCCAUGACCGCGAGGUCGACGCCCCCAUCUCCGACACACAAGGCACAUCCCACAACUACACCAUCGCCUGGACCUCCUCAUCCACAACCUGGCUCGUCGACGGCGACGUAAAACGCACGCUCCGCUACUCCGACGCCAACGGCGGAUCAAACUACCCCCAAACCCCCAUGAACGUCCGCAUCGGCAUCUGGGCCGGCGGCGACCCCAACAACGCCGAAGGCACCAUCGAGUGGGCUGGCGGCGAAACGGACUACAGUGCUGCGCCUUUUACGAUGGUGGUGGAGAAGGUGGAAGUUCGGAAUGAGAAUCCAGGGGGUAGCUAUCAGUAUGGGGAUAUGACUGGGUCGUUUGAGAGUAUUGUUGUUGAUGGGGGGGAUGGUAAGGUGAAGAAGAGUGGGAGUGAGGAUGGGGAGAAGAGUGCUUCGAGUACUACUUCGAGUGGGUUGAAGACAGAGGCUAGUGCGAGUGCAAGUGCGACGGUUAAUGUUAAUGUGGAUGGGGGUGUCGGGGGUGAGCAUGCGAUGGAGACGGGGAGUAGCACGGGAGCGAUGAGCACAGCGAGCGCGACGCCUACGGGUAGUGCUACGGGCAGUGCGGCUGUGGCCGAGCAGACGGGUGAGUCUGGUGCGGUCUUGGGCAAGAGUCUCGGUGGAGGGCUCUUGGUGCUCAGCGCCAUGGCCAUGCUGUUGAUCUAGAUUAAUGUCAAUCCAAUAGAUACACAAUAGCAGUUCCAUUACAAUGCAGAGAAGCGGUUUCAAUCUGUCGUUCACAUUGCUAGCCUACAUACUUUGCAACCUGUUUGCUUCACGCAUAUGGUUCAACGUUACAAGCUGCCCAAUGUGACUGACCACCAAUUCUCUUCUCCUUUCGUCUCUAUAAACGCUCCAAGACACGGG